GUUUUACAAUCCAGUCCGUUGCGGCUGAUUAUAUAGGCCUCGUUCCGCCAGACCAGAAGGAAGAUGAAACUGCAGACAUCCCCAGCGGUACUGCUGUUGCUUCUCGGCACGUUCUGCGGGUUAUCAUGGGCACUGAACCUGUACGACGAGUGCCGUACGCCGGAUGACCAGCAGGGUACCUGCGUGCUGUUGCGUUCCUGUUCCACAAUCCGUGAGCUGCUGAUGAAGAAGACCGCGCUGACGGCCGGGGAGCGGGACUACAUAGUGAAGGCCAAAUGCGGAACACAGGGGAGCUCGGUGUUGGCCUGCUGCCCGUUUUCGCGCAAACUUCCGACACGUUUCGGUGUGCCGGUUGAGUUGCCGAAACCCGGCGAAUGCGGUGCGAUGCUUUCGAACCGCAUCGUCGGAGGAUCGGUCACGCAUCUCGGUGAUUACCCGUGGUUGGCGCGAAUUCAGUACUACAAGACCAACAAUCGGUACGGGUUCCACUGCGGUGGGGUACUAAUCCACAGCCAGUAUGUCCUGACCGCUGCACACUGCAUCGAAGGCGUCCCGUCGAGCUGGAUCGUCUACCAAGUGAGGCUCGGUGAGCAUGAUACGACCAAAGAUAUCGACUGUGAAGAUGACGACUGUGCUGACCCGGUACGGGAUGUGCUGAUCACGACCUACGUGGUGCACCCGGAGUACUACAAACAGAACGGUGCCGAUUACAACGAUAUUGCGCUGCUCCAGCUGGCGGAGACGGUCGAGUCAACCGACUACAUUCGGCCAAUCUGUCUACCGACGGCGGACAACAUGCGGGCGGAAAAUCUGACCGGCAAGUUUGCCACCGUGGCCGGCUGGGGCCAGACGGAAAAAAGCUCCUCCAGCACGCUGAAGCUCCAUCUGCAGGUCCCGCUCUGGGGUAACGAUGCGUGCGCCGACGCGUUCACCGAUGUACGGCUAGACAUUACCGGCACGCAACUGUGUGCCGGGGGCGAAAAGGGGAAAGACUCGUGCCGGGGUGAUUCCGGUGGCCCGCUAAUGCGUUACGUGGCCUCGAAUGGGUCCACCAACCGAUUCUGGUUCUUAGCCGGUGUGGUAAGCUUCGGGUUGGAGCAGUGCGGCACUUCCGGAGUUCCCGGAGUGUACACGCGCAUGAGUGAAUUUACGGACUGGGUCCUGGAAACCAUGGAGUAGGGAUCCGUGUUUGCCAACGCCAACUAAAACGCUUUGCUGAGCCACGCAAACAGAAAUUCAUCUCGAAGAAGCAGGAGGAUCGAAUAAAGUUUUAUUUUUUACCGAACAAGA